CACGAAUACAGCAAACUUUCAAGUAAGACCGAUAUUUCUUGUAAUACUCUUUUAAAUUUUAUUAUAACAUACUUGCUCCAACAAAAUGAAAACACGAAUAUAUUAGUGGGGAAAAAAAAAAUGUAAAAAGUACAAGCGAAGAAAUCGCGGAAAACUCAUACAAUAUAUUAAUAGAUACGUAUAAUUCGUGCUAUAAAUGUUCCUUAAUUGAAUGAAAGAAUUUCAAAAAAAUUACUAUAAAUCGAAUGAUAAUUAAAUAAUAAAAAGAAAAAACAAUCAUACGAAGCGGUAUUUUAUUUUGUUUAUGUUUAAAUAUCGGAUGAAUAUGAGAAUUCAAAUAACCGAAUGGACGUUUCGUUGUGUGAACAGCUCGCAUAAGGCUAUCGCUACAAUGGCAUAUACACACAUCACGAGUUGAAUUGCUUGUAAACCAGUUGGCUGACACUGUUCAUUCGACCAGUAUCGGUCUUGCAGUAAAUCUGUGAUUGAUCGUAUCAGUUUAUAUCUUUUUCCUUUAGAUCUUAAUUCACGCAGUGUACAGUCGUUAAAAAUAAUACAGUAAUUUCUCUUGUGAUUGUAGAUCUUUCUAUAGAAUCAUGUCGACGGAUGUACAAGGAGUUAUGUUAUCUGGUACAGAAUUGGCAAAGGAAAUUCGCGACAAACUGCAUAAAGAUGUGAAAACAUUGAAUGAAAAAUUACCAAAUUAUGUACCUGGUUUAGCGAUCGUUCAAGUAGGGAACCGAGAAGAUUCAAAUGUUUAUAUAAGAAUGAAAAUAAAAGCGGCAAGUGACAUUGGGAUUUUCGUAGAUCACGUCAAAUUAUCAAAUACCAUCACAGAAAUAGAAUUGAUAAACAAGCUAAACAAAUUGAACAAUGAUCCAAGCAUACACGGAAUCAUUGUACAAAUGCCGCUUGAUAGUAUUAAUAAAAUUAACUCUCAUUUGAUUACCGAUUUAGUAUCACCCGAAAAGGAUGUAGAUGGGAGCGGUGUACCGAUCGCUGGUGCUCAAGCUGUAGUUUUAGGUCGAAGUAAAAUCGUCGGUACACCUAUAUCUGAACUAUUAAAAUGGCAUAACGCAACUGUAACAGUAUGUCAUUCAAAAACGCGGAAUCUUCCACAAGUUGUCUCACAAGCUGACAUCUUAGUGGUUGGUAUUGGUCAACCCCAGAUGGUUAAAGGAAGCUGGAUUAAACCGGGGGCAGUUGUAAUCGACUGUGGAAUCAAUUCCAUUCCAGAUCCAACGAAGAAAAACGGACAACGUUUGGUCGGUGAUGUAGAAUAUUCUGAAGCUAUAAAAGUAGCUUCAUAUAUCACGCCUGUACCUGGAGGUGUUGGUCCAAUGACCGUAGCUAUGUUAAUGAAAAACACGGUAAUAUCCGCACAAAAAGCAGCAGAAAAAAUAUUAAACCCAAAAUGGAACUUGAGAGUUUUGAAGAUCAAUCCUCAAAAGCCGGUAGCUAACGAUAUAACAAUCUCAAGGAGUCAAGAAUCCAAAUUGAUCACGAGUUUAGCCGAAGAAAUUGGUUUGCUGCCUAAUGAAAUUAGUCCUUAUGGAAGUAAAAAGGCAAAGAUCAGCUUGAAUGUUCUAAAACGAUUGAAAAAUCAACCAAAUGGAAAACUCGUAGUAGUUGCUGGUAUCACACCAACUCCAUUCGGUGAAGGCAAAAGUACAACAUCGUUAGGUUUGGUGCAAGCGUUAACAGCGCAUAGAGGAAAAAAUUCAUUCGUAACUUUGAGGCAACCUAGUCAAGGACCUACUUUCGGAGUUAAAGGUGGAGCUGCUGGUGGAGGGUAUUCGCAGGUUAUUCCUAUGGAAGAAUUCAAUUUGCAUUUAACCGGUGAUAUCCAUGCCGUAAGCGCAGCCAAUAAUCUGUUAGCAGCACAAAUUGAUACUCGAUAUUUCCACGAAUGUACUCAAAGUGAUCAGGCCCUUUACGAUCGUCUUGUACCAACCAUCAAAAAUGAGAGAAAAUUUUCGAAAAUACAAUUGAGACGUUUAGAAAAAUUAGGUAUUGCAAAGACUGAUCCAAAUAGUUUAACGGAAGAAGAAAAACGGAGAUUCGCAAGAUUAGAUAUUGAUCCAGAAAACAUUACUUGGACUCGAGUGGUUGAUAUAAACGAUCGAUAUUUGCGAAAGAUUACCAUUGGUCAAAAUCCAACUGAGAAAGGUAAAACGCGAGAAACAUCAUUUCGUAUUUCUGUUGGUUCAGAAAUAAUGGCAAUACUUGCAUUGUCGACUAGUGUCGACGAUAUGAAGCGAAGACUCGGCAACAUAGUAGUUGCUUUUAACAGAAAUGGUGAACCCUUAACUGCUGAAGAUUUCGGUAUGACCGGAGCAAUGGCAAUUUUAUUGAAAGACGCUAUUGAGCCAACAUUGAUGCAAUCAUUGGAAGGAACACCCGUCAUGAUUCAUGCUGGACCAUUUGCAAAUAUUGCUCACGGUUGUUCUUCGAUUAUAGCAGACGCUAUUGCAUUAAAAUUAGUUGGACCAGAAGGUAUCGUAGUAACUGAAGCUGGAUUUGGUUCUGAUAUCGGCAUGGAAAAAUUCUUUAACAUUAAAUGUCGAACAUCUGGCCAUGUGCCAAACGCUGUUGUACUCGUUGCAACUGUUAGAGCAUUGAAGAUGCAUGGUGGGGGACCUCCAGUAACAACUGGUGCACCAUUGAAGAAAGAAUAUCUCGAAGAAAAUCUCAAUUUAGUUAAAAAAGGUCUUCCAAAUCUUCAGAAACACAUUAGUAAUGGAACAAAGUUUGGCAUUCCAGUUAUUGUUGCCAUUAAUACACACAGCACUGAUACUCAAGCUGAAUUAGAAUUACUGAAACAAGCAGCAAUAGAAAGUGGUGCAACUGAUGCAAUUAUAUGUAAUCAUUGGGCGGAGGGUGGUGCUGGCGCCAUAGAACUUGCUGAUGCAGUCAUAGCUGCUACAAAUAAAAUUAGUAAUUUCAGAUUAUUGUAUGAUCUUAAUGUUGGUAUCGAAGAAAAAAUAGAUACCAUUGCCAAAGAAAUGUAUGGAGCUGGAAAAGUUGUACUUACAGACAAGAUUCAAGAGAAAAUCAAAAAGUACAACCAACUAGGCUAUGAUAAACUACCACUUUGCAUGGCAAAAACAUCAAACUCCCUAACAGGUGAUCCAUCAAUUAAAGGUGCACCUACAGGUUUCACGCUCAAAAUUACUGAUAUAUUUGUAUCAGUAGGAGCAGGCUUUAUAGUACCUAUGGUAGGAGAGCCAAGUCAUGUUCUGUUAUUUUCUCUAGAACUUCAGCAGCUGUAGGUUCUUCUGAACAUCUAAAACCAUCCAUUCUCAUAUCUAAAGGACCAUUUUUUGACAAAGAAAAUCCUCUUUCAGCAACAUCAAAUUGCAUGGAUGAACAACCAAAGUCAAACAAGAAGCCAUCUAUGCUAUUUACAUUUACUUUAUAUGUACAAAGCAGUUCUGGCAAUUCAGAAAAUCUACCCAGUAAAGGUAUUACUUGUCCAGGAUAUUUUUCUGACAAAAUUUGUGCAUGCUGGUGUGCAAUAGGAUCUCUAUCCAAGGCAAAUAUUUUGACAUCAGACGAAGAUUCCAAGAUUCUCUUAGAGUGUCCACCAGCCCCAAAUGUCAUAUCCACAAAAACUUUUCCCGGAGAUGGCUUCAAAUAA